AUGGCAAAGAUCAUUAAACUUCGACCAGAACACAACAUUCCUAAGGCCGAAGAGUUGAAAGGAAAGACGUAUUACAAAUACCAUAAUUUGAAUAAGCAUACCAUAAACAACUGCGUUGUGUUUCGUGAUGCUAUUCAAAGUUGGAUAGAUAAAGGCAAGAAAAAUUUUCUUGAGAAAAAGAUGAUUGUCGACGUUGAUCCUUAUCCUUCGGCGACAGUUGGCAUGGUAAAUGCUAAUUUACCCAAAAACAAAGGGGAAGGGAAAGCCGAGUUUAAUCCAAUACAACACAUCCCAAGGAAAAACUCUCGGCCUCGACUCAAGAUUGAUCUAUUUUCAAACGAGCCACCUACACAGUUUUCGAGACCGGCCAUAAUCGAAUCCAUUUCAGACACCAGUGCAGAGGAUGCUGAGGGACCGAUGGUUUUGUGUAGCCGUUGUAAAGCAUGCGUCAUCCUAACCGAGCCAAAGGAAAAACUACAUCAGGCUCCAACACCACGACAACCAUCCAAGGCCGCGGCAACACCUUCAAAGAAACUCGGCGGAGGCCAGCGCCAGAAGGUGUUCGAUAGGCUCAGCCCUUAA